AGAACUGGUUCAAGUACACUUAAUCCAACCACAAAUAGUUCAAGUAAAGUAAAAUGAAGCUGCCAAUUUGGUGUGGAAAUAGUUACAAUCGACUGACUUCUUCUGGAAAGAUACAAUAGUUUUACAUUUUGGAUUAGAUACUAUAAAGAUAAUACUUUAUAUUAUAACCCUAACCCUAGGUAACACAAAAAAAACAAUGACCUUAGUGUCAUUGCAGGGUAUUUAGUUUUGGAAUCAAUAGGACCAAGUGGUGGAAUGCGAGACAGCUGGCAAACAUGCAGAAAACAAUCUUUUCAAGUUCAGCAGAGCAACCUUUCUUCUAUGGACAAUAUCGCAAAGGAGGGCUUUUCAAAGCAAUGCCCAGGAGAGACCCUAAUGGCGAUGUUGACCUUAGGCUUGUGGUGAUUGGCAGCAGUGGCCCCGCACAGUUUUUGCUUACCAAUUCCAUCCUGGGCAAGGAGGAGUUCACCAGGGAUGUCUGCAGCAUUGCAGGGAGCCGCAAGAACCUGGGGGAUCUGGCAGGCCGGCGGGUGGCGGUGAUCAACAGUCCCAAUCUCUACGAGAAGGACCUGUCCAAGGCCAAGAUGAAGGAGGAGCUGAGGAGGGCCAAGUGUCUCUCAGCCCCAGGCCCCCACGCCUUCCUCCUGGCCUUUGACCUGGAUGGGAUGAGCCCCAAUGACAUCAAGUCCCCCAAACUGGUGGUGAAACGCUACGGCGAGCGGUCGCUGAACCACGCCAUCAUCCUGCUGGCCUACGACGGCAACCUGGAGGGCCAGGCGCUGGACGACAGGGUGAUGCGCACCGACUCGCACCUGCACGAGCUGCUGGAGCAGUGCGGCUGCCGGUACCACAUCUUCCCCAAGAACUGGCAGGACCGCAGCCAGGCCCGGGAGCUGGCGCACAAGAUCGAGAGGAUGGUGACGGCGCUGGGCGGCCACUACUACACCAGCCACUCGUACCAGCGGGCGGAGGACAGCGUGCGGAAGGAGGUGGCGCGGCUAGAGAAGAGGCGCGAGGGGGAGACGGACCGGGCCUGGUGCGGGCUUGAGCAGCAGUACCAGGGCGACGAGCUGCGCCGGCAGGUCGACGGCUACAACUCCAGCAUCCACGCCGAGAUCCGGGCCAGGGCCGAGCUGGACAACGGCUGGCUCCGGACCACGCUGGCCACGGGGGUUGGCGUGGGCUUCGUGGUGGGGGCAGUCAUGGGGAUGGCGAUUGGGUCGGUGGAGGGGCCGCUGGGGAUUGUGGUGGGCGGGGUUGUGGGAGGGGGUGUGGGCGGCGGCACUGGAGGGGCCGUGCAAGUGGCGAUGGAACACCUCGAGGACCGGAUCGGACCGCAUCCCAACAACUUUAACACCAUGUUUAUUAAUCGCUUCUUCCGCCUGCCACGCUCAUCUUUCCGUUAGGACAUUCUGCUCCAACACAAACCAUGAGCAGGCUCCUCACCUGUUCGUCACAGUAGAGUGCUGAUAAGCUGAAACGCUUGGUAAUACUCUUUUCUAUGUUUGAUUCAUAUGGAUUAAACCAAUUAUUUCCCUUUGUGCCCACUCUACAAUUGCAGUAGAUGAAUUACAAUAGUUAGAAAGUCUGUUAGAAAGCAUGAGUUCAACUGGAUUCUUCUUUUUUGGGAUCACGUGCACUUGGGGUAAAGUGCACUAGUUCUGUUUAUGUUGUUGAAAAGAUGAAUUUAAAU